AUGCACCAAAACCCGUCGCCACCACCACCACAACUCACAACCCAUAAAUCCACCUUACCUUUCCUUCUAUACGAGUCCCCAAAAUCAGAACUUGCAUCAUAUUUCUUCGAUCGCAGCUCCACCCGCUUUGUUUCCAAGCUCCAUUUCGGGAGGGAGAGGAAAAGGAACGAACAAGGUAAAUUGGCGAGUGCCAUGAUUAGUACUCUUGGUAGUGCAUAUGGUAGAAGUGGUUAUUGUAAUAAGGCUAUUAAGGUCUUUGAUUCGAUGAAAGAUUAUGGCUUGAAGCCCAAUUUGGUUACUUAUAAUGUUGUUAUUGAUGCCUGUGGGAAAAUGGUAAAGAAGGGUUGUUGGCAACAAGCCAAUGCCUUUCGUUGGCUAUCCUGGAAUUUUUAUGUGGCAAUUCAUGCCCUCGCUAUUGUUGAUACCUCUCGGGAUCAUGUUCUACGGCCUCCAGUUGCUUAA